GGAUGCAUCGUCUGUGAGAAUCCUGGAUGUGGGUGCAGGUACAGGCAUGGUGGGAGAGCAGCUGAAGAAGAGGGGCUUCAUUGAUAUAGAUGGCCUUGAUCCAGCCAGCGGUAUGAGGCACCAGGCCCUGAAGAAGAAGGUCUACAAGACGUACUACCUGGAGUUUAUGGACGGCCACCGCAUUGAUGACAUAGAGUCAGACGCCUAUGACUGUGCAGUGGCCGCGGGGUGUUUCAACUUGGGCCUCCUCCCCUGUGCAGCCUUGCUCGAGAUGGCCCGUGUGGUGAAGCCAGGUGGGCUGGUCUGCUUUGCUAUAUUUGACUAUAACCUGACGGCCGUGCCCGAGUACAACAACCGCCUGGGGCCGCUCAUGUCGUGGAUGGAGAAAGAAGGAGUGUGGGAACUACUCGACACGAAACAACGUACUGAUUCUGAUAUCACCGGCACCAUGGAAACUGUCUACAGAUAUACCAUCAGGGCAUCUGAAGUAGACACAUCAUCAGCUCCUGCUCGUUUUCCAAUCAAUGGCGCUGGUAGCAACAUAUAUAACCUCAACGGUAUUUGUCAUUAAAUAUUUGAUAUUGGUUC